GGAUCUUCCUUGGAUCCUUCUUCCUCCACUAUUGUCCUUGAAGACUCUUGGGCUGCUGUCUUUAUCCAUCAUGUUGAUUGUUUGGAUAAAAAUGAAAGCAUAAUGUUGCCUUUAUGCCAUUGCCAGCUGUUGGUGUUGCGAGUCAUUCUACAAGGUCCAAUGGGCCAAUUGAACGGCUCACAGAAAAGAGAUAAAAAGACGAUUUUGUCUUCGCCUAUUUUGCAAAUUUGCAAAGCAGGCCACUGCCCCCCUCUGCACGUCUCCCCUGCCAUGGCCACCGCUCGCCUCUUAGGGUAGACGCACAAAGCAAAGGGGGAGGAAAUCCAUGGGAGGGAGAGAGCAGGGCGUGGAGGUAAAAUGGUCUUUUUACCCCAUUUCAAUAAACCUAUCGGGCUCUCUAGCAUUUUCCUGGCCUUGCUAAUGUAAGGAUUGACUUAAUAAAAAUGAAAUCUUGGUCUUCUGGGAACUUGCUGGUGGGCUUCUUGCUAAUUCCGGGAACUUGCUGGUGGGCUUCUUGGGCGUUGUUCUCCUUAUUUCUACUACUACACUUUCAUUCUUGUUCUGGUCGAUUGAAGGUUGUUGCUGCCGGGAAAUCUAACAUGGCAGAAAUGCUUAGUUCAGGAGUUGUCCGAAAACUUGCUGAUAUUGCAGGUAAUCUAAUUGCAAGAGAAGGCUCUCGCUUGUCUGAGUUGGAAGAAAACAUUAAUUGGAUUCGAGAAGAGAUGAGUUCUAUUAAAACUUUCUUGGAAAAUGCUGAUGCAGUAGAGUCAGAAAUCGGAGGAUUGGCUGACUUCAUCAGGAGCACUUGCGAUCUUGCUUAUGAUUUGGAGGAUAUCAUGGAAGAGUACUUCCCUAAGCUAUCACCACCUAGAAGGAAUGGCUGGAAGGGGCGUCUUGGUUGGUUAUGGAAAGCCAAAACUGUUCGUGACUUUGCGGUGGAGAUUGAAAAACUAAAACGAAGGGCGGUGGAUAUAAAACGCCGGAGAAAGACUUAUAAAGUCCCAGAUGCAACUGGCUGUCCUGGAAAACAGGGAUGGGAUCCAAGAAGAACUUUUCCUCACACUGACGAAGUAAAUGUUGUUGGUAUGGACAAACACAUUAAGGAAUUGGAGGCCAAAGUGACGGAUCAAGAUUCAGUGCAUCGUGUGAUCUCAAUUAGAGGCAUGGCCGGUAUAGGCAAGACAACACUGGCCAGAAAGGUAUACAAUUCUGUUCGAAAAAGUUUUGAAUGUUCAGCUUGGAUUUAUGUCUCUCAACAACCAAAUCCAUAUGGACUUUUACAUGAUAUAGCAAGGCAAGUUGGCUUGACGGAGAAGCAGCAAAAACAGGACUUGGAGGGUAAUUUGUUUCGCCAUUUAAGCCUAAAAAGGUAUGUGAUAGUAAUUGAUGAUAUAUGGCAGAUUGAACCAUGGAAUGCUUUAAAAAAUGGCAUUCCUGUUAAUUCCAUGAAUGGCAGUAGAAUAAUCAUCACUUCCCGAUCCAACGAUAUAUGUAGACAAAUUGGUGGGCAAAAUUUUUUACAUGAAUUGCAACACUUAGACGAAGAAAAGAGCAGAGAGCUCUUCUUCAAAGUGGUUAUGGCUGCCCCACAAGACAAUGAUGAAGAUGGUGAUCCCUCACAAUUGAAAAACAUUGGUGAGAAAAUACUAAAGAAAUGUGGCGGUGUGCCGCUUGCGAUAGUAGUUAUAGCAGGAGUGUUGUUAUCAAGAGAUAGAAGCAUACAAGCAUGGAAAGGUGUAUUAGAGAGUAUAGGUAAAGAUGGAAACCAAUGUUCAAAGAUAUUUGCUUUGAGCUACAAGGAUUUACCUUCAAUGUUGAAACCAUGUUUUUUAUAUUUCGGUCUAUUUCCAGAGGACCACGAAAUUUCCACAUUUAGACUAAUCAAUUUAUGGGCAGCUGAAGGAUUUAUCCAUGACAGUGGAGUAAGGGCGGUUGAGGAUGUGGGGCAAGAUUACCUAAAUCAAUUAGUUGGUAGAAACCUAAUUCAAGUUGUCAACAGGAGGUGCGACGGGACAGUUAGAUUUUGUCGUAUUCAUGAUCUCUUGCACGACCUUUCCAUUAGCAAGGCUGGGGAGAUGAACUUUCUUAACACUCUGAAUAAUGUAGCCACUAGUGCAUAUUGCCUUGCACCACGCAGAGUCACUACCUCUUCUCAAAUUGAUGCUAGGAACUACGUAUCUUCAAAUCAUCAAACUCCAAAGCUUCGGGCUUUAUUAUGUUUCAAUGAUUUUAAAAUGAUAGGUCGUCUUAGAAACUUCAACAAAUCUCUUCGAGUACUAAUUUUGAUGGACCCAAGUGGGCUGGGGGCUCCUAUGAAUGAAAUUGUGAAGUUAAAACACCUCUAUCACCUUGAAUUGGGAGGGGAAUAUAUUAUCGAGCUUCCUUACGCCAUCAGCAAUUUGGAAAAUUUGCUGACCUUGGAUCUAAAGGAAUGUGCGGCAGUCAUCCUCACUGAGGUCAUCUGGAAAAUGAAGCAACUAAGACAUAUUCUAUUACCUCCUGACUUUAGGGCUUCUUCAGUCUGUGGGUUCCACUUGGAUUGCCAUAGGUUCCAUUCAUUUGAAGUUUCUUUACCAAACCUGCAGACCCUCUUUGGAUUGCCUGUCAGAGAUUUUGAGGCCAAUUGGUUGCACAAACUUGAUAGUUUGAGAAGACUGGAAAUCCAUUUGAUAACUAAGCGUAUCAUUGGGGUAUUGUCAAGUGCAAACUCCCUGUCACAGAAGCUAGAAGAAUUGCGUAUAAUAAGCUCAGACGAUAUGAAAUCUGCCUUGGAUCUGUCUAGAUACGUAAGCCUUCGUAAGUUAUACAUGCACGGCAGCGGCAUAGUGGAUUUUGCACGACAUGAUAAACUGCCAAUAUGCCUCACAGAGCUUAUCCUUCAUGGCACUAGGCUGGAAAUGGACCCAAUGGUGAUUUUGAAGAAACUACCUAGACUUAAGAUCCUUGUACUUGAAUUUGAUUCAUACCUUGGGAAGAAGAAGAUGGUAUGCUCUGGAGAAGCUGACAGCUUUCCUCAACUCGAAGUAUUGAGAAUUUUUGCAAAUAGUCUAGAGGAGUUUGUAGCUGAGGAAGGAGCAAUGCCCAAACUCAAGCACCUUACCCUCUCUCAUUCCAUACCGACAGUGAAAGUUCCAGAUAGAAUCAGAAAUAUAAUCAUGAUUGACCCAUUCAUGUCAGGCCGCGACGAGUUGGAUGCAGAUCCGUAACUUCAUUUCCAUGACUUCAUUUUGGAAGAUGAAAGCACUAUCUAAAGGAUGAUGAAUACAUGGGCUCUUGAUCUUCAAACUGCUUGCUCCUCAAUCUAUUCUUGCAACAUGAUGUCUUUCGGCUCAUUGCUUCUCAUCACAUGAGAAGGAAUGGUAUAUGCUUUAGAUGUCUGAAUUUAUCAGUGGGUUUGAUUGAUAUUUAAUAAAUUUACAUAUAUUGGUUUCUUCAAACCGUCAAUAGUCAAUCAGUUCAUUAGUUGUGUAUUCAUAAUUAAAAAAAAUACAAAAUAUUAAUUG